ACCACAGGCAUGCGACCACAUCCCCUCCUCCUUCCAUUCCUUCUUCUUAUAUCGUCAUUCGUUGUCAGCCAUGCUUUUUUGCCCCCACCUCUCCUACCCUCGUCUCCGAUAACCCCCUCCACUGUGACAGCCCUCUCUCCCGGGAAGCCGAAUUUAGGAAAAGGCGGCGCCGUGCUCCAAAAGCCCCAGCUACAAACCGCCACCCGCGUGGGCCCCCCCAAGAACAAGGAGAAGACCGAGGAGCGGUUCGAGACGAAGGAGGAGGAGAGCGAGAAGUUCGCGGUGGUCUUGGUCGGUGACAAAGACUACGACCAGGGGCAUGUCGUCAAGGUCCUGUGCAAGGUCAUCGCGGGCCUGGGUGCGAUGAAGGCCGUGGCAGCUUUUCAAGAGGCGCAGAGCAAAGGGAAAGCCAUCGUCCUCAUCGCGGACGAGGAGAGCGCGGAGACGGUGGCGGAGCUCAUCUGUCGCAACAAGCCCCCCGUGAUCGCUGACGUGGAGCCGUUGAGGAAGGGGGAUUAAGGUGGAGG